CCGAGCCUUCCAGCGUGCUGCGCCGUUUGGCGCUCGGUAAGAGCAACGAGAGCUCUGUGAGGGAGUUGUAGUCUCUAUGCGCCGCCGGCCGUCGUGGUGGGGGAGACUGCACCCCAAGCUCGGCAUCGGCAUCGGCAUUAUCUGGGCCCAAGCAAAGUCUUUACACACGUCCGAGCGCAGCCUGUCGAACAAGCAGGUUCCGACUCAUCGCAUCUGUUUUGUUCAGCCGAGCCGAUUCUCUUCCUCGGUGGCGCGGGCAGCGAAAGUUCUGCUGCACUGAGCAGAGGAACUGCCGUCGGGAAAGGAGGUCGAUCUUGCGCCGCCAUCUCUGGCUUCCGUAGACGGCACGUCGCACGCCACCGCACGGGAGGCCGACUUGACCUGAUCUAUAUUUGAUAGCUGCGACGAAGCUGCUCUCCUUUGUGUACUCCAUCGCCCACCUGCGUUCGACUCCUCUGACGGCGUUGGCACUUUCGAGGGUUCGCAUUUCCCACGCUAGUCAAGAUGAUGGCCUGGGGGAUCGAGGUGCCGGGGGGGUCGAAGCCGGUUACAGUCACGCCUGAAGAAGGAACGCACCUGCACUUGUCACAGGUGGCGCUUGGUCACAACCCGAAGGACAAUGAGAGAGCGGUUCUCAGCGUUGAGCAUGAAGACAAGAAGUGGGUCAUCGGCACGCUGGUGAAGGGGAAGACGGAUCAGUUUCAGCUGGACUUGGUGUUCGAUCGGACAUUUAAGUUGUCUCACUCAGGAUCGACGGGGGUUUAUGUUAUUGGCUAUGAGAGUUUCGAAAGCACAUUGGCGUCCAGUGACGAGGAAGAGAUGGGUUUGGACGAAGAGGACGUCAAAGAUAUUAAAGAAGAAGUGAAGGCCAAACAAGUUGGGAAAGUAAAGGAGGAGAAGAAGGAUGUGAAGGAGUCGAAGGACGGCAAGGACAAAUCGAAGGCUGCUGCGGAUGUUAAAGCUGCAGCGAAGGAGAAUGGAAAGCUUGCUAAAGCUGAUGCUGCAGCAGGAGCCGAAGCCGGUAAGGAUGCGAAGAAGGCUGCGAAGGUAGCGGCGCCCUCGCCGAUGAAAGACUCUGACGAGGAAGAUGAUAGCGACGACGACAUGGAUGAGGAUUCGGACGAGGAGGAGUUUGAAGAUGAGGAUGAUGAGGAUGAGGAUGAGGAUGAUGACGAGGAUGAUGAUGAGGAUGAUGACGAUGAGGAGGAAUCGGACGAAGGCGAGGACAUGGAUGAAUUGCUCGCCAAACCAGUUGUUGUUGGAAAGAAGAGGCCAAAUCCUGCUGUGGAAACACCGAAGGCUGAAAAGAAGGCCAAGGUAGCCCAGGAAACGCCGACGCCCAAGAAAGAUGGCAAGGGAAGCAAGAAGGACAAAUCUGAAGGCAAGGACAAAUCUGACGGCAAGGAUGCAAAACCCGCAGGAAAGGAUAAGCCAGCAAAGGAUGCUGCGAAGGCUGCUGGUGGGAAGGACGCUUCCACACCGAAGAAGGCCUUCACCUGCAAAGAAUGCAAUAGGGGUUUUGCAAGCGAAACUGCUCUUCAAUCGCACAAGCAAGCCAAGCACAGUUAGCUGCAGCGGAGAAAUUCUAUUUUUGCAGCUCGGUUUUUACUUAGGUUGUAAGUUUCGUUCUCCAUUUAUUUGGGUUCGGCGGGAGGCGGAAGUCGACGAUCAAGACGGCUCGAUGGCUCCUGGCACGGUAUCUGUUGGCUGGCUCUUUCUCUGUCAGCACGGGCCUCCAAGAGAUUGUGGCUUCCGCCACAGGCUCGGUCGGAUUGUUUCUCUCUCCGUGUCGGGAUUCUGAUUCGAAGCUUUAUCGAGCGCGCAGGCUUUGGUAGUAGUAUUCGGACGGAAGAGGAGAGGUACUACAUGUAUAUGAUCCUACUUGAUGAUGGCGUAUGCUUUCCCAUCUCUUGCGUAGUGGCUUGAAGAGUAGGGUCUCAUUUGGGCUUGUCGUUUGGACGCAUGGGAGUUCGACGUCGCAUUUGUUAGCAUGAGGAUUUUGUAGCUUUUUCGAUUCGAGAGGUAGUAGUGAAGUCAGCAUGUCUUUUCUUGUUCUAUUCGGACUGCCAGUUUAGUGUCCUGAUCGUUAUUUAGUGAAGAGCUUUUCGUUGGGGAUGGCGGCAGCAUCGCGGCGUGGGUUUGGUGGAAGUCGUCAGUCCGUUGUUUGUAUUGUGGAAACCUCAUGCUGUGAGGAAGACUAGUUGUCUCUGGCAGUAUCUUAAGGACGGAAUGCAUCGCAGAACUGAUCCUGGGAUGUUUGUUUCACAAUUGAGCAAUGUUGUGCAGUGAGUCAACGUGUUCUUACUUGGAAUCGAUUGUAAAAAUAUUGCAGUGAAACUGUCUGUUGGGAAUGUGAGGUUCCGAGUGGUUAUUCACAGCAGUUGCUUCCUGAGUGUUCUUUUUCCUAAUGAGCAUCUUGCGAUAUCUUAGCAACGGUUUUGUUUGUUGCAGGCAUGAAGCCUGGUGUGUGUGCACACUUCAUGCCUUGGCGCAGCUAGACGACCCGGUCUGCUGCUGGAGGCCCUCAUAAUGAGCUUUCGGUGUCGGUACUCUACGUCGUUGGCGCAGCUAGACGACCCGAAAUGUGUGGGAGGAAAUGUGUGGGAGGAAAUGUGUGGAGGAGUCUAAAAACUUGUGAACGUGCCUGCUUUCGCCUUUCUUAGUGUAUGCCAUCUGGUACAAGCAGAUGGUAAGAAUGCGAAAAUGCGGAUCUGUCUGUUCCGAAAUGCAACAAUUGUGUGCGAUGUGAAAAUGCGGAUCUCUCUGUUCCGAAAUGCAACAAUUGUGUGCGAGUGCCCGGUAUAACAGAGCCGAGUUUCCCAGCUAUAUGCGUGUGGACAUUGACCGUGCAUUAAUCGGGCGAACGACACGGUCGACUGUAGGCACUGAUCGGGCGAAGGACACGGUACAUAUUUGAUAGAUGACACGGUCGACUGUAGGCACUGAUCGGGCGAAGGACACGGUACAUAUUUGAUAGACGAACGACGCAUGCAAAAGCAACAUCUGCAUUUGAAAG